AUGACAAUGGUGGUUGAAUUCCAUUUGGAUCUAGAUUCAGAGUGCUUAGUAUUUGCAUCAUACUUCCACCUUCUGCCCUUUCCGCUCCCGGCGGCCCCGAAACCGGAAGCGGAAGUACGCGUGUUGGUGGGUGGUGGCGGCAGUGCAAGCUUUGCGGCGCGCUGCGGUGGGAGUGUCUCCUGCGGGUCUGCAGACUGGGAAUCUCAACUGAAACACAAAGAGUUGACUUCUGUGCAGACUAUUUUGGAAGAAACACCAUCCAGUGACAUGCAAAUGGGCCUGGGGCUGUUCCCAAAGAUGCAGGUUGAGCCCUCAAGGGGAGUGAGGGGGACACUAUUACCUCAAGAAGACUGGCCAGGUCUCCAGGAGUCUCCUUGGUCUCUGAGUUGGAUGGGACAAAAGGCAGCUGGGCAGUUUCAGAGGAUGGUAACACUGGUGCCCAUGUUGGGCCCCCGGGACCAGUGGAUGGAUGGGGCUUUUGCUCUGCCUACAGCAGACCAUGCUUGGCUCCAGGAGGACAGUACAGAGGAAGAAGACAUGGUGGCUCCUGGGAUGCCAACUACCUGUUCACAGGAACCAGUCACCUUUGCAGAUGUGGCUGUGGUGUUCACCCCAGAAGAAUGGGCAUUUUUGGAUUCCACUCAGAAAAGCCUAUACAGAGAUGUGAUGCUGGAGAACUACAGGAACCUGGCCUCUGUGGACCCACAACUUCAACUCACAGAGUCAAUUUCUAGUGAAGAUAUUUUUGUGGAGAUUCCAUCUUUUGGCAUGAAAAUGAGACUUCAUGCUGGAGAGUCGCCCUAUGGAUGUCAAGAGAGUGGAAAUUCCUUCUUCCAGAGAGCUCACCAAAUUGUGCCAGAGAAAAUCCAUAGUGGGGAUAAAAUCUAUGCAUGUAACAAAUGUGAAAAGUCGUUUAGAUACAGCUCUGACCUCAUCAGGCAUGAGAAGACUCAUACUACAGAGAAGUGUUUUGAAUGUCAGGAAUGUGGACAAGCCUUCAAGUAUUCCUCAAAUCUGCGGCGACACUUGAGAACUCAUACUGGAGAGAAGCCCUUUGAAUGCAGCCAGUGUGGGAAAACCUUCACAAGGAACUUUAACUUGAUUUUGCACCAGAGGAACCACACAGGAGAGAGGCCCUAUGAGUGCAAAGAUUGUGGGAAGGCAUUUAAUCAGCCCUCGUCCCUUAGGAGCCAUGUGAGAACUCACACAGGAGAGAAGCCCUUUGAAUGUGGCCAGUGUGGGAAAGCCUUCAGAGAACACUCAUCGCUGAAGACCCAUCUGCGUACCCACACCAGAGAGAAACCAUAUGAAUGUAACCAUUGUGGCAAGCCUUUCCGGACAAGUACUCACCUGAAUGUGCACAAGAGGAUACACACAGGGGAGAAAUUGUAUGAGUGUGGGACUUGUGGUCAGGUCUUGAGUCGUCUCUCGACCCUAAAGAGUCACAUGCGAACUCACACUGGAGAGAAGCCAUAUGUAUGCCAGGAAUGUGGGCGAGCCUUUGGCGAGCCCUCCUCUCUGAGGAAGCACGUGAGGACUCACAGUGGCCAGAAGCCCUACACAUGCCAGGAAUGUGGGCGAGCGUUUGGUCAGUCUUCACACCUCCUUGUGCAUGUGAGAACACAUACUGUGGGGAGACCUUAUCAAUGUAAUCAGUGUGAAAAAGCCUUCAGACACAGCUCGUCACUCACUGUGCAUAAAAGGACCCACAUAGGGAGAGAAAACAUUAGGAAUGGCAGACUGCCUUUAUCCAUAUCUCAUUCCUAUGGUGGGCCCCUUGAUAACUAACUUGCAAUUUGUAGAAGUAUAAACAUUUGGGGCUAUUACUAUUCCAUAAUACUUUAGCAGCAUCCCAUGUUUUGAUGUAUAAUGUUUUCAUUUUGGUUUAAUCCUAAUAUUGUCUUAACUUCCAUUAUCAUUUAUUCUUUGACCCAAGCAUUAUGUGGAAUUAAAUUUUUCAAUACAGUAAGUGGAUAUAUUUUUCAGAGAUGUAUAAUGACUUACAGUGAAAUGCAUACAUUUUAAGUAUACCAUUGGAUGAGUUUGACAGAUGUAUACUUAUAUGCAACGAACACCUCAUUCCAGAUGUAGAAUGUUUCUGUCAUUCUGGAAGGGUCCUGCAAGUUAUAUGGCUGUUUUUUAGUUGCAUUUCUGUUUUUGGUUUCUACAUGGUGAGUUGAUUAUAUGCCUUUGUGUUAUUAUAUCUUAGGUAUUUGUUGAGAUUUACUGUUAGGUCUGGUGUGGCUUAUCCUGAUAGUUGGAGAUCUACAUUGCUCUUUCUCCCUUAGAAACGAAACCUGGGUUUUUUGUUCAGGUUGGUGUUAUGGACUGU